GUGAAGGCAUUUGUCGUUUUUCGAGGCAGCUUCUUCCCCAAAGCUGCAUAAGUCUGCGUGCGUUGCGAACAAAAACCUUCGCAAAACCCUCCCUCUCCAACUCUUCCGUCAUUGCCUGUACUCGCGGAUCUUAUCGGCGAACGGCGAACCAGAGAAUAAGAGAUAGACUAUUUCUCAGUGGCGGGACGAAAAUGGGAUUGACGAAUUUCAUCCUUACCAUCGCCGGUGUCAGCGCGGUGGUUCUCCUUCUGAGGAGCGACGUCAAGCAGUCGGCCGUCAUCCUCCGCCGCAACGUCAAGCACAUCCGAACCUGGCUCGAAGAAGAAUCUGCCGCCGCUUCCAAAAGUGGCUACAGGAGCCUACUUUCUAUCAGGCGAUUUGGUACCCUUUCGAGGUCCAAGGCUGAUAAGGCAACGCCAAAGGAACUAGAAACCAAGGUUCCCCCUAAAGAAACUCCCAAGGAAGAGAAGGUCUAAGCAACACCGAGUCUCAAUGGCAGGGAAGCUUGCAAUGUCUAGAUAGGCGUCCCAGGAGUCUAGUUAAGCUACUAUUAAAUAGUUUCGGUGCAAAAAUUUUAUCGAUUAAUUGCGAUAGCAGAUAUUUUGUCGAAUUCUGGUCUCGCUUUUCUCUUGUAAUUCUUACUCAUUAAAUUAUGUUCAUUCUCAUUCUCAUCUAAACCAAUGUUGUUCAUGAAUGCAGAGGAUGAACAAAUUUUGUUCAAACCUUGAGAUGAUAAACGAAUCAUGGCAUUAAAUAUACCUGAUGUGGAUUUUGCCAUAUUUAAC